UGCCCUCUUGAGGAUGAACGGUGCACCUGCAUUCCCUUCUCUUCCAGUUAUGCCAGAUUUCCCGAGAAGUUGAGGUACACGUCAGAAUGGAACCUGUACUGGUGAGCGGACGUGUACAGUGACCUCAGCAGUUUUUGCGUAUCAGCUGACACACAUACAGACGGGAAGACAUGGAACGCGGUUUCUCUCUUGCAGGACCUUCUUCUAAUCCUCGUAAACGUCAGGUUCGAUUUUCAGCACGUCAUGACAUCCUGCUCCUACGUGAGGUGAUAGCACAGAACCCCUUCACUUCUAAAGAGUCAGGCCGGAUCUGGGCAAGGGUGGGGGAAAUUAUUACUGCUACCCUACAGGACGAGAAUUUUGAGGUGGAUGGACGCAGAUGUAGGGAGAGGACUAUGCUACUACUCGAUUAUUAUAAAAAACAGGACUUUGCAAGUCUGCGCAGGUUUGGUACGGAGCGCCUGUAUGCACAGAAAGAAGAUCUAUUGCAUGAAGUGCUGGAGCUGGAAGCCGAGAAGAAUCUUCUGGUGAGUGGGGAAAGUAAAUACCAGGAUGAAGAGCUCAGGAAGAGAUCACUGGAGGAAUUAUCAUCACCUGAGCCUGACAAAUCCUCUGUGAUGUCAGUAACAACAGCUCCACCUGCUGUGGUAGCAAGCCCAGAACCUGAAGAGCAGGAGGAGGCUGAGCUCACAGCUCCUACAGCCAAACGGCCAUGUCAGUGCUGCUGCCAAACCUAUUCAGAGAUCCUGAGCUUUCUAGAAAAACGCUUUGAAGCAGAGCAGAGUCUGCGAGAGGAAGAGAUGGCACUGAGAAGAGAGGAGCUAGAAAUCCAGAGGAGUAAGAUUUCCCUGGAUCGAGAGCGUCUCGGAGCAGAGAGAAAAGAGCGGGAACGACGGUUUGAGCUGGAGAGUCAAGAAAGGCAGGUCAUACUGGACUUGUUGAAAGAGAAAGUUCUAAAGAACGAACGGAACUCUGACUGAAAUUAGAAGUUUUUUCUUUUAAGUCUUUGAUGUUGAACUCUCCUUCCAACCAAUGCUAGUAUUUUACCUUCCUGUUUGACUUGGUCUCCUUAUAGCAUGAAAAUAAUAUAAACUCAUAAUAAUAUAGAUGAUUAUAUAUAGUUGACCUGAUAGAAAACUGACCCCCGGUUUCCAAGACAAGGGAACCGGGGUCCCAGACUAAAAUGCAUGUUUGAGCUGUUUUAACUGAAAGCAGUUGACAUAUUUUAAAACUUUUGGUUGAUUUUCUUCUGCAUUUAAAUCUUUGUUGUGUAAUGUUGCAAAGCUGUGUCAAUAUAGUUUAACUUAAAAUGUCACCUUUAGUUGGAAUUGUGCUGUUGUGCUAAUAGUGUUUAAUAUACAAGAAAGUACACAGGGAAAAAGGACAGACAAAGCUACAUACAGUGCUUCAAUGUUAUUCGUUCCAUCCACUUUUUUAAUUAAACCAUAAUUUUCUGUUAUGCAUGUACAUCCCAAAGCUGAUCUGACACUUCCAUUUCCCUGGCAAACCCCAAGCUUUCUUCAGCUGAGCAUUUAUUGACUUCACACAGUAUUUAUUGUUUAAAAUCCGGACUAGGGUUUAAGUUAAAAAAGAAAGAUGUCUGAAAGUUGAGGUUGGUGGUCAGUUUGUGUGUAAAUGCAUGUUUUUGACCAAUGUUUUUCACUUUGAAUGUAAUACAUUCAAAUAGCAAUACAUUCAAAAUGUGAAAAUAUACAAUCUUCUCGACUUUACUUCAAAAAAUAUUGGUCCUUUAAUUCAGCCAAGGAGUCAUGCCAUGACAUAUCGAUCUUCUACUGGUCACACGUCUUUUUUGCAGGCCAGAGUUCACCAGACUUUUGAACACAGCGAAAUGCAAAUUUUUCCACAUGAGCUUGCGUUUCCAGUCUGACGCAUUUGCAUGUGUAUGAAUUAAAGUCAAUGGAUCGAAAAGUGCAGUGUGACCGCCCCCUUCAAUGAGAAAAUGAGAGCACUGAAAUCAAAAUACUCCACAGAUGAGUAAGGUUUCCUCCCAUUUUAUUUUCUAUUUUCAUUGUUUCAAAUGCUUAUUUUUUGAGGUAUACUGUUCAG